AUGUCUUUAAACUCUACAGUAUCACAACUUCAAUUGCGUGAUGGACGACAGUUGUCGUACCAGAUAUCAGGCCCGGCGCCGAAACCCUCAUCGUCUGGUCCCUCGGAUUCUAUUCCAACCGUUCUUUUAUCGAACUCGCUCUGUGCUCCCUUCCACACGUGGGAUCAUUACGUCUCUAUACUUCAUGGCCACAAAUUCCGCGUCAUUCAGUAUGAUCAGGUCGGCCACGGCGGAUCUACUGUCAACUCGUCGGAAGUUGAUGGUACCACCUUUAACUCUCUUGCAAACGAUGUCUUGCAACUCUUAGACGCCCUUCAAGUUAGAAAGGUACAUGCUUGGAUUGGGAUUUCGAUGGGCGCCGCAACAGGCAUCUACUUCUGCGCCCAGAACCCGGGACGUGUGGAGCGCUUGGUGAUUUGUGAUACUAUUUCGUGCUCGCCAAAUGCUAUCGGCAUUCCAGAUCCAUUCGAGGCACGCGUGGCCGCAGCAAGAAAAGACGGCCACAUCAACGAUAUUGUCGAGCAGACUAUUGUCAGGUGGUUUUCGGAGCCCUGGAGAGAGAUGAAUGAGGCGGAAGUACAGCGGAUGAGAAACAUUAUGUUGAAGACCCAGAUCGAAGGGUUUGCAGCAUGUUGUCGCGCGUUGCAAGACAAGGAGUUUGAUUUGAGACCUCUAGCUGGGAAGCUCGGCGGCGCUGUGGAGAAAGUAAUGCUUGUGGUAGGGGAGAACGAUGCCAACCUACCGCAGACAAUGGCGGAACUCAGGGAACAGAUACAAGCCGGCUUUGAUAGUCUAGGAAAAGGGGGAAAAGUAAGAUGGGCUAUAAUAAAGGGGGCGGGCCAUGUUAGUGUGGUUGAUGGACUUGAGGAGUAUUCGCAGCAUGUAACACAGUUCUUGGAAGCAUAA